GCUGCUUAUUUGCAGACAGGCAUGUUUUCAGCUUGGCGUUAUUCUAUUCGUUUGGUUUCCUCAGUUCUUAUCAUCACAUGGCUCAACUUUAGCAAUGAUGUAUACGAUUUUGAUACAGGAGCAGACGUAAAUAAGAAAGAAUCAGUUGUAAAUCUGUUGGGCAGGUAAGUUUUGUUCUUCUUUCUUCUCUGUUGAUGAAUACAAUUUGUCUGUGUUUUCCUGCAAUCAUGUGUCGUGGUCAUGAUUAAUUUCCGAUUCUGUUUUGUAAUGUGCUUGGCAAGCCGUACAGGCACUCUUGUUUCUGCAUACUUGCUACUUGCUCUUGGCUUUUUGGGGCUUGCUUGGGUACCUGUUAAGGCAGGAAAUAUGCGCGCAAUACUAUUACUCGGUUGUGCAGUCAUUUCUGGUUAUAUAUAUCAGUGCCCACCAUUUCGGUUAAGUUACAAGGGAUUGGGAGAGCUGUUGUGUUAUGCAGUAUUUGGGCCAUUCGCUACUACCGCGUUUUAUUUGUUGCAAGGCAGCACAAGGGAAGUUAUCCAUCUACCUUUCACUGCUCCGAUUCUCUCUGCAUCACUCCUUAUUGGCGUUGCAACAGCCUUGAUCCUCUUCUGUAGUCACUUUCAUCAGAUCGAAGGAGACCGGGCUGUAGGAAAAAUGUCCCUUCUGGUUAGGCUUGGCACCAAAAGAGGAUCAGGGGUAGUGAAAUUGACAGUAAUAGGACUAUAUGUUCUUACUUUCAGUUUUGGUCUGAGCAGCGCUCUUCCUCUUUCUUGUAUCGUAAGUUACAUCUGUUUUGUGAAGUCACUACUAGAAAUCUUGGCAUAGAGCACUAUUUUGAAAGUGUGCCUAUUGCAUCUUAGGCACCUUUUAAAGGUGCCCAUUGAACAUUGGGCACCAAGUGGGCACACUACCAUCAAGGGUGCCCUAGAACUAAGUUCCUAGUAUAUAUGUGCCUAGUAGAUUCUUACAUUUAUCUGGCUUGACCUUACCAAUUGCAAGAUUGGUGGUUAGUUUUGUUGAAGAAA